AUGGGAGCACCCUUAGCAUCCAGAUGCACGGGAGUCUGCAGUACCAGUGUCCCAGAAGGCUUCACUCCUGAGGGAAGCCGGGCAUCUCAGGACCAGGACAUCCCUGCAAUAAACCAAGGGCUCAUCUCGGAGGAGGCUCCAGAAAGCAGCUUCCUGGUGGAAGGGGACAUCAUCUGGCCAAGCCACUUCCGAUUGUUGUCAGUGACCAAUAAUAAAUGGCCCAAGGGUGUUGGUGGCGUUGUGGAGAUCCCCUUCCUGCUUUCCAGCAAGUAUGAUGAACCCAGCCGCCAGGUCAUUAUGGAGGCCUUUGCCGAGUUUGAACGGUUCACAUGCAUCCGGUUUGUUGCCUACCAUGGUCAGAGAGACUUUGUUUCCAUCCUUCCUAUGGCAGGGUGCUUCUCUGGUGUGGGGCGCAGUGGAGGGAUGCAGGUGGUGUCCCUGGCACCCACGUGUCUCCAGAAGGGGCGGGGCAUUGUCCUACAUGAGCUCAUGCACGUGCUCGGCUUCUGGCAUGAGCAUUCACGGGCAGAUCGGGACCGCUACAUCCGGGUCAACUGGAACGAGAUCCUCCCAGGCUUUGAAAUCAACUUCAUCAAGUCCCGGAGUAGCAAUAUGUUAGUUCCCUAUGACUACUCAUCAGUGAUGCAUUAUGGGAGGUUUGCCUUCAGCUGGCGUGGGCAGCCCACCAUCAUACCACUCUGGACUUCCAGUGUUCGCAUUGGCCAGCGAUGGAACCUGAGCACCUCAGAUAUCACCCGGGUCUGCAGGCUGUAUAACUGCAGCCGGAGUGUCCCUGACUCCCACAGGAGAGGGUUGGAGGCCCACAGUGACGGAAGAAGCCUUACCCCUGCCUCUAUAUCACAUCUACAAAGACUUCUGGAGGCACUGUCGGAGGAAUCUGGAAGCUCUGCCCCCAGUGGCUCCAGGACUGGAGGCCAGGGUAUUGCGGAGCUUGUGGACAGCCAGCAAGGAUGGGAGCAUCCUCUUCAGAGCACAUUCAGUGUGGGAGCCUUAGCAAGACCACCUCAGACGCUAGCUGAGGCUUCAAAAUCGGGGCCUGGAGCAGGUGCAGACAGCAUGUCUUUAGAGCAGUUCCAGCUGGCCCAGGUACCCACUGUACCUCCCGUUCCAUUUCCGGGAGUCAGAGACAAGCCAGCACCUAUCCAAGAUGCUGCUGAGAGGCUAGCUCUGCUUCCAGGAGGCUGUGCACCUGGAAGUCAUUAGAGGGGUUCCCAGAGACUGACCCUGUAGACUUCUGUCCCCAAGUGGAGAGGGUGUAUUCCGCCCAGAAUGGCUAAGUCCUCUAGUCCUUGGCUCCUCUGGGUAUCACCUCUGUCUGCUGUCCCCUGCACUAGCUACUCUUGGAGGCCCAGGUCAUUCCCUUGGUCUCUUCCCUACAACAAACCACCCCCCAUCCUGCAGAGUUCCUAGGGAUAGAGAGGCUCCAGGAGCUUUUCUUGGCUUGAGCCCAAGCCCUGGAAGAUGCUUGGCAUGGAGACAGGAUCCUAGGUGUGGCUGUCAAGAGCAAGGUUCCAGCCUUGAAUGCCUCGAAGUUCUACAACUGAGGACUAGUUCCCAGCAUGGACCUCAGUGGGAAGCUCUGUGACUGGGACCCUGAAUAUCCUACUGUCUACUACGCCAGGCUCUAAAGAUGUUCUGAAGUCCUGGGAUUAAGCCCUGCUCUCCAGGAGGCAGAGAGCCCAUUUUGUUCUCCUGCUAAGUUGGACUAGCAAGAGAUGGCUCCUUGCCAUUUCUGCAUGAUGGAGGCCUCAGCAAGACCACCAGUCCCCGGACGGCAGCCUUGAACCUUGGUGCACAUCAGAUUACUGUUUUGUCCACAAGGUGUUCAACUAGAAGCCAUUGAGGGGCAGAUGCCACACUACUUGUCCUUCAGCCAUGCCACACUCCUUGAUCUUCCAUGAGGUUUCUUCUAAGAACAAAGCGUGUAGGUGCUAGGGUCUGAGCCAAGAGCCCUUCAUUCUCCAGGAGCCUGCUGGGAGGCCAGGGGAGCCCUGCUUGGGAUAGGAGGGGAACCAGAACCUUGAACUAGUGAGGAAGGGUGCUUCAUAUGGGAAAAGGCAGAAAUA